AUGAAGCGUACGACGCCCUCCUCGUUCCUCAAAAGCGCACGCCGUCCUCCCUCCUCGAAAGCGUAUGAGGCCUCGCUCCUCGAAAGCGUACGCCACCUCGCUCCUCGAAAGCGUACGCCGCCCUCGCUCCUCAAUAAGCGUACGAGGCCUCGCUCCUCGAAGCGUACGGCGCUCUGCACCUCCAAAGCGCGCGUCUUCGUUCCUCCAAAGCGUACGGAGCCUUCGUUCCUGGAAGCGUACGCCUUCCUCGUUCUUCUCGAUAGUGUACGGCGCCUUCCUCGUUCCUCGAAAGCGUACGGCACCUCGUUCUUCUCGAAGCGUACGACGCAGUCGUUCCUCGACAGCGCAACGCCUGAGAUCUUCGAAAGCAAACGGCGCCUUCCUCGUUCCUCGAAAGCGUACGAGGCCCUGGCUCGUCGAAGCGUACGAGGCCUUCCUCGUUCCUCGAUAGCGUACGCCUUCCCUCUUAGAAGCAAACGUCGCCCUCGCUCCUCGGAAAGCGUACGACGCCCUCCUCGUUCCUCGAAAGCGUACGGCGCCUUCGCUCCUCCAAAGCGGACGCCUUCCUCGUUCCUCGAUAGCGUACGAUGCACUCGUUCCUCCAGAGCGUACGCCCUGGCUCCUCGAAAGCGCACGGCGCCUUCGAUCCUCGCCUGCGUACGACGUCCUCCUCGUUCCUCAAUAAGCGUACGCCUUCCUCGGUCCUCCAAAGCGCAACGCCUGAGAUUUUCGAGAGCGCAUUGCGCCCUCGAUUCUUCUCGAAAGCGUAUGGCGCACUCGCUCCUCGAAAGCGCAACGCCUGAGAUCUUCGAAAGAAAACGCCUGAGAUCUUUGAAUGCGUACGAGGUCUUCGUUCCUCGACAGCGUACGACGCCCCGGUCGACGAAAGCGUACGAGGCCGUCGCUUCCUCGAAAGCGUACGAGGCCGUCGCUUCCUCGACAGCGUACAUCGCCUUCCUCGUUCCCUCGACAGCGUACGCCUUCCUCGUUCCUCGAAAGCGUACGACGCCCUCGUUCCUCGAAAGUGUACGAGGCCCUCGUUCCUCGAAAGCGUACGACGUCCUCGAUCCUCGAAAGCGUACGAUGCAGUCGUCCUUCCCGAAAGCGUACGCCACCUCGUUCCUCGAGAGCCGUACGAGGCCUUCGCUCCUCGAAAGCGUACGCGGCCUUCGCUUCCCCGGAAGCACACGGCGCCUUCCUCGCUCCUCGAGAGCGUACGGCGCCUCAUCGUUCCACAAUAAGCGCGCCCUCGUUCCUCGAAAGCGGACGCCUCCCCCCUCCCUUCUCACCUGCGCACUCGAUCCUCGAAAGUAUACGCCUUCCUCUCCCUCAAAAGCGUACGACGCCCUCGUUCCUCGAAAGCGUACGCCACCUCGUUCCUCGAAGACGUACGGCGCCCUCGCUCCCUCCCAAGCGUACGACUUCCUCGUUCCUCGAGAGCGGACGACGCCCUCGCUCCUUCGAAGCAAACGUCGCCCUCGCUCCCUCGAAAGCAAACGUCGCAUUCGCUCCUCGACAGCGUACGGCGCAUUCGCCCCUCAAAAGUGUACACCUUCCUCGCCCCUCGAAGAGCGCAACGCCACCUCGUUCCUGAACGCGCACGGCGCCCUCGUUCCUCGAAAGCGCGUGGUGCACUCGCUCCCUCGAAAGCGUACGCCUUCUUCGCUCCUCGAAAGCGUACGAUGCAGUCGUUCCUGGAAGCGUACAGCGCCUUCCUCAAAAGCGUACGCCGCAUCGUUCCUCGAGAGCGUACGGCGCCCUCCUCGUUCCUCGAAAGCGUACAGAGCCUUUGUUCCUGAGAAGCAAACGUCGCCCUCGUUCCUCGAAAGCGCACGGCGCAUUCACCCCUCCCACCCACCGGCGGAGCAGGAUUGCGUCUGA